AUGCCGGGCACAAAACGGUUUCAACAUGUGAUUGAGACCCCAGAGCCUGGCAAGUGGGAGUUGUCUGGGAAUGAGGCAGCCCUGCCAAUCACAGAGAAGUCAAACCCACUGACCCAGGACCUGGACAAAGCAGAUGCCGAGCAAAUUGUUAGACUGCUGGGACAAUGUGAUGCUGAGAUCUUCCAGGAGGAGGGGCAAGUCAUGCCCACAUACCAGCGACUGUAUAGUGAAUUGAUUCUGACCACCAUGGUACAAGUGGCUGGCAAAGUUCAGGAAGUGCUGAAGGAGCCUGACAGGGGGCUGGUGGUGCUGAGCGGAGGGGGCACCUCUGGCAGGAUGGCAUUUCUCAUGUCGGUCUCCUUCAACCAGCUGAUGAAAGGUCUGGGACAGAAACCUCUUUACACCUACCUCAUUGCAGGGGGUGACAGGUCUGUGGUGGCAUCUAGGGAGGGGACAGAAGAUGGUGCCCUGCACGGGAUUGAGGAACUGAAGAAGGUGGCCGCUGGGAAGAAGAGGGUGAUUGUCAUUGGCAUUUCAGUGGGACUCUCUGCUCCCUUUGUGGCAGGCCAGAUAGAUUACUGCAUGGACAAUCCAGCCAUCUUUUUGCCAGUCCUGGUUGGUUUCAACCCCGUGAACAUGGCCAGAAAUGACCCCAUCGAAGACUGGAGUUCCACAUUCUGACAAAUAGCAGAGCGGAUGCAGAAACUGCAAGAGAAACAAGAAGCUUUUGUGCUCAAUUCUGCAAUUGGGCCCAAGGGCCUCAGUGGCUCAUCCCGGAUGAAAGGUGGAAGCGCAACCAAGAUCCUGCUGGAAACCCUGCUACUGGCAGCCCAUAAGACUGUGGACCGUGGCAUCGCAGCAUCUCAGAGGUGCCUUCUGGAAAUCCUGCGGACAUUUGAGCGGGCUCAUCAGGUGACCUAUAGUCAGAGCCCUAAGAUCGCUGCCCUGAUGAAGCAAGCCAGCACCAGCCUGGAGAAAAAAGGCCGAGUGUACCUGGUUGGCUGGCAGACCCUCGGCAUCAUUGCCAUCAUGGAUGGAGUGGAGUGCAUCCACACCUUUGGUGCUGACUUCCGAGAUGUCCAUGGCUUUCUCAUUGGUGAUCACAGUGAUACGUUUAACCAGAAGGCUGAGCUCAUCCACCAGGGUCCCCAAUUCUUCUUCUCCCAGGAGGGCUUCCUGACUUCCAUCUUGCCAUCCCUCACAGAAAUUGACACUGUGGCCUUCAUUUUUACCCUGGAUGGUGAGAGGGAAGACGGGAGCGGUGGGGUACCUGGGGAGCAAAAGCAAAGUUCUGACGAGCGCAAAACCGUUCUGCGCAAGAACUCAGAGAAGAAGUUCCAGCAUGAGCUAAGCACCAAGUGGGUGCUGAAUACCGUGAGUACAGGGGCCCAUGUGCUUCUUGGGAAGAUCCUCCAAAACCACAUGUUGGACUUCUGCAUUCGCAACUCCAAGCUCUUCUGGCGGGCGCUGGCCAUGCUGUAGCGGUUCUCUGGACAGCCCAAGGCUCGAUGCAUCGAGACCCUCCUCCAGGUGAUCCACUUCCCCCAACCACUGUCGGAUGACAUUCGGACUGCUCCCAUCUCCUUCCACAUCCAGGUUGCACACAAGAAGGAGCAGGUGAUCCCCAUAGGCUUGCUGAGCCUCCUAUUCCCGUGCUCCAUCCCUGAGGCGCAGGCGCAACUGGCGGCUGCUCUGUCUGUCUGUGAGGCUGUCAGGAGCGCCCUCACUGGGCCAGGUCGGAAGCGCGGUGCGGACCCCCUGGAAACCCUAGAGCCUGCCCUGCCCUGCACUGGUGUUUCUGGGCGCGAAGCCCACGGAGGCGUGUUGGGCUAG